UCCUCCUCCUCCUCUUCUCCGGCGAUGUCGUCGUCGGCGGCGGCGGCGGCGGCGCGGCGGGCGAAGGAGGCGGCGAUCCUGUGGGUCGCGGGGUUCAGGGAGGCGUGUUGCCUCCACAGAGUCGUCUUCUUCUGCGCCAGUUCGAGGACGCUGUUGAUCCGAACGGGCCAGUGCUUCCUUCUAAACGGGCUAAUUUUCCUAGGAAGCUUAUUUACUGUCAAGUCUGUGGUCAUCCCUAUUAUCCUGAGAAUAUUACCAGAUCAGUGUGAGCAGCUUGAGAAACUACACCUUUGUGACCAUAAAGCAAUCAUGACAUUUUAUUCCUUCUUACGAUCUAUCCUUAUUGAGAUUUUCUAUAUACUGUGGUUCUAUCCACUUUACAUUUUCAGCUUCAUUUUGAGCACACUCUGGUACAAUGAUAUUGCUAAGCAUGCCUUUGAUGUUUUGAAAAGUAAUGGACUUCCCACACCACGAGAAUUGGACGACAACAAUAAGUUGGAUUCACAGGAAAGGCCUGGUGGAUUAGAUGGCGUCAUCCUUGGCAUUGGGGAACAAGUUUAUUCAGUCCUCUUAUUGACAAUUUUUUUCAUAGAGGUCUUUGUGACUGGUUUUAUACCCUAUUUUGGCAAGGCAAUAAAUUUCCUUCUUCUUACAUGGAUGUAUGCCUACUAUUGUUUCGAGUAUAAAUGGAACUUUUUGGGAGUGAGCUUGAACAAAAGGCUUGACUUCUUUGAAUCAAAUUGGGCCUUCUUUUCUGGAUUUGGGAGUCCAUGUGUUCUUCCAACUUUCUUUUUUUCCCCGCUCGUCAGCUAUGGAGUUAUGGCAAUACUUUAUCCACUGUUUGUCUUGACAGCAGCAGGCACUGAAGCAGAAGAUGUUAUUGAUUCUCGUAGAAAAUCAUGGGGAGGAGAACCAGAAAAGAUUCAAAUAUUUUAUGUUGCGAGGAGAUUUUCCACAUUGGUAUUGCAAUUGUUCCCUGGAGCUCAGAAGGAGCAUUGAUCGAUGCGUCGAUCCGUGACACAGAUCGAUUCAGGUGGAUCUCCUCUUGAUUUAAUUCAAACUGUAAAUACUUAAUCUCUGUUGACAACGACUGUGACUUUGAUGGUUAGUUGGAGAAAAACAACAUGACUUAGCUUCAUUUGUAGAGCAGAAAAUAUACAUGCAAAAGAUUUGCUUUUGGGUCUUGUAUAGAUAUAUUCAGCAGUGUAUAUCUGAUAAAAAGGUUUAUGUAAUUGCCCAUGAUUGUAACCUAGUUCUUUUGAUAGUUUCUUAAGUAAGUUUUUUUUGUAGAGAUUUAGCAAA